AGUUACGAUACAUCCGCUUGUCCUGAGAAGCAGAGCCGUGUUGAUGAGUUCAUGAUGAAAUUCUUCCGCUGGGCAAACCGUCCUGGUCAUGUUACCCAUGCUUCUAUUGCGGAAGCACUUCCUACCGGCGAAGCUGAGCUUUAUGGUAAUGACUAUAGUUUUCGUCCACGGCGAUUCCUCCAGUGUGCUACUGGAAGUGAAAUCCUUUCUAACUCCACAAAAAUCACGUUCAUAUUCACAAGUAACAAGCUGCCAGUUUAUGAGACUGAGGGAGCUCCCGCCAAGUAUCAGGCCUGUUUUGGUGACGUCCGAAUAGAUUUCAACCCACGGUUGGAGCAACUACUUGACCAGUCACCAGGAGAUGUUGAGGACGAUACAGUUUUUGAUGUAUGGCUUCACAGCACUUGUGCUCUGAGUGGAUUUAGUGAUUUUGAGACUAUUUAAAAGCCUGUCA